AUGAAAUGGUUUUACGGGUGCAUUGUGGCCUUUGCAAUCGGGCUUUUGUAUUUUCGUCCAGUUUUGCGGCAGAGAAGAGGUACCAAAAUUGUUAAGUGGAUACUAAAAAAGUCCAAUGCGAGCUUUGAUAUCCACAGAUAUGCGAAUUGUUCGUUGUCAACUUGCUUACGUACGCAGAAUUGUAUGCUCGACUACGGGUUCCUAUCUGUAUAUAUCCAGCCUCUUUUAACAGUUGUAGAUGAGAACGGAGAUGUAAUUACACCUCUUCCCUCAAAAGAGUUCCAUAUAAUCCGAUCAAUGCUCAAGUUAUAUUCUGUAUUAGACCCGAAAGACGCGUGUAUUGUGUUACCUGGUGUCGAUUUUCUCAAUCUUCAUCGUUUUCCCAGCAUCGAAAUGGCGCAUUUUAUAGCAGGAAUGAUAAGUGAAAGAUUCUACAACGUCCUCAUCUUUACAUUAAUAGGACAGUGGAGGCAUACAUUUAGACAGAUCAUGGCCGGCACUAUGACCUCUCGACAUUUGUACCGUCAUCACUUAGAUAUUUCACUUCCGCCUUUUCCUGGUUUUGUCUCUUCUGGUAUUAACAACACGGUGACCCGAAAUAAUCUACUUGUACUUAUGAUGAACGCGUCAACAUCUUUCAAGGAAGAGUGCAUGGAGAUAUUCGGUGAUUCGAAGGAUGUUACAAUUAUAACUGAAUGUAACACUCAUCCAUGGUUCACUUGCGAUUUAUCAGGAAACAGAAUUGAUUGGAGAACUGCACUUCGGGAAUCGAAAUUCGUACUGGUACAUGAACGAAUGCCGCUCUUCAAACGGGCACUCUACAAAGCAUUAGAGUCAUCAGUUGUUCCAGUGAUAUUCACUCCAAACUACGUGCUUCCUUUUUCUGACUACAUCGACUGGCACCUGAUUUCGUUACACCCAGCGAGUCUCUCUCGAGUUUUGGACGUGAUCAGCUCAUUGGAAGAUUCCAAAGUUCAAGCAAUACGCUCCCAGAUGCAGGCUGUGUUUGAAAACUUUUCUUCACUGGAAGGGAUAGUUAACAUUACUUUACGGGUGCUGGAAGCUCGGAUGUUGCCUUUGAAAACCCUCACUUACGAACAAUGGAAUAAACAACCUGAACAGAUGUUCACUCUUCCACACUUUGAACCAGCUACACCGCUAUCACUUCUUGCUCAUUCUGAUUCCAAGACAGCAAAGUAUACAGUUCGGUUAGUGAGACAACUGGUUUCUGAAGGUCUUAUUUCUUCUGCGACAAUUAUUUGGAGAGAUGAGGAGAUCAGUCCAUUUCGUGAAAUGUGGGAAACUUCUGUUCCUGUAGAAAUUAUUACUGGUGUAAAAAGACAUCGAGACUUGUUUUCCAUUGUAAAGAGAAACAAUCUUCAUGUCUUGCUGGUUGUUCCUCUUGGAGAAUGCCGAUUAGAGCCGAAAAUUGUACGCAAAGCUUUGAAUAUUUGGCGAACCGUACCAGAUCGUUUGAUAACUAUUCCUUGCUUGACGUCCGAUCAGUCUGUUACUGUUAUUUACAAGAUGCUCUUCACUGCUAGUUUGCUUGGUGAUCGAGAAAUUUCUACCCUAGAUUCCCCUCUGGACUUUGCUUUUGGGAAUGCUUCUUACAGCUUGCACAUGAUCACGCGUGAUCAGCUUGAUGCCUCCACAUCUAGAGUGAUUGACACACCUGUCUGGAUUUGUUGGUUGUUGGACGACUCCCUCGACUCAUUUUGCACUCGACGACUGAGGCUCUUGACAGGCUCAGAAGCACUCUUACUAGUCAUAAAUGCGGGUUUCACCAAGUUCUUCAAUGCUAUGUAUGCAAUAUGGAAAGUGAUUCCAAUUGUGUUCCUCACUUUUUACGCUGCUGUUGAUGGAGGAGGCCUGUCAAAGAAAGAUCGCAAAAUGUGUGCACUUGGACUACUUUUCGGCGGUAUUGGCGAUGUCUUGAUUGGUUUAAGCCAUGAAGGCAUUGUUCCUGGAGCUAUCGCAUUUGGAAUAGGACAUCUCUUCUAUAUGACACAGUUCCUGUCCCGUCCUCUGAUUAUCUGCUGGCCUCUAGCUAUCGCAAUUCUUGCGUGGAACGCAUUUAUCGGUCAUUUGUGUGUGUUUCCAUUAUUAAACGAUCAUCCAUUCGCAGUCGCUAUCAUGACCAUGUACUCAUUAAUUCUUUCUUCUUGUCUUAUAAUUACUGCUUCGCACUACAUAAAUCGCAAACGUGGUGAUGAUGAACAGGGUCUCUAUCUACGAUUUAUUGGCUAUACGUUAUUCUACAUUUCCGACUCGGUGCUGAUCUUGGCAGAUACUGGAUAUAGACUCCCAUAUUCCGAACUAAUCAUUUUAAGCACAUAUUAUACUGCACAAUACCUCAUUUUGUCUGGAAAUAUCCACCUAGGCCUCUUUGUCAACCCGAAGCGUGCUUGA